AUGGACAGCUCGGAGAGUUUCAGGACAUACGGUUUCGAGGAGGAAAAGACCUUUGUCCAGACAGUAGUCAACUACUUCACACUCGGAGAAAACGACACAAGAGUCGGUGUUGUCACGUUUAGCGAUCGUGAUAGGCAGAACACACGCGUGACGCUGAAUGAACAUUACACCAGAGUUGAGCUUUUAACUGAGAUUCGCGACAUUCCUUACGACAGAGGUCAUACUUACACUGGACUCGGUCUCGAUCACGUGCGUAAUAACUCCUUUCUGGAAGUAAACGGCCGGCGGAAUAAUACUCUCGAUUUCUUGAUCGUAAUUACCGACGAUGAGUCCGAGGAUGACAUCGUCCGACCGGCACAGCUGAUACGUCAGAUGGGCAUCACCGUGUUUGUUGUGGGAGUUGGCCAGGAAAGUGACAUUUCACAACCUACUCUAGAGACUAUUGCUGGUGACCCAAGCAGGGUGUUCAGGCUGACGGACCAUGACCAGCUUGUUGAUGCAAUCCAUCCCAGGUCUAUAAGGGAGAACAUUUGCAACGCUAGUAACCUGUGCGAUCCACCCCCAUGUCACAACGACGCCACCUGCCGAGUAUUGGGGAGAACCUACACGUGCACGUGUAACGUUGGGUUCGUCGGGAACGGUUUCACCUGCACAGUUGUACAGUGUGCUGUUCUGACUGCACCAGCGAACGGUGCGCUGUCUACAAACAGACGUCAGUACCAGGAUCAGGUCACCUUCACCUGUAACACCGGGUACAACUUGGUCGGCCAAACCAGACUUACAUGUCUUGCGAAUGCGAGGUGUCCGAUGUUGACGGCCCCAGCUAACGGUGUGCGGACGCCCCCUACCGGAUCGAACUCCUACCAGGACGUGAUAAGGUCCACAUGUAACUCUGGAUACGUACGGAACGGCGCUUUUGAUACGACAUGCCAAGCCGACGGAACAUGGAGCAACCCUGUUCCAACGUGCGAACGAAGACAAUGUCCGGAUUUGACGGCCCCAACUAACGGAGCGCUGAGUCCUCCAGCACCGCACAACUACCCUGCCACGGUUACGUUCACCUGUAACACGGGAUACGUACGGAACGGCGCUGAAACUACGACGUGCCAAGCUGACGGAUCAUGGAGCAACCCUACCCCAACAUGCAUACCCGGGCAAUGUUCAACUUUGACGGCCCCAACUAACGGAGCGCUGAGUCCUCUCGGAGCGACGUCCCUCGGGAAUACAGUAACGUUCACCUGUAACUCGGGAUACCUACUGUACGGCGCAACUACAUCGACGUGCCAGGCUGGGGGAACAUGGAGUAAUCCUGUUCCAACAUGCACACCCGUAUCAUGCCCGGCGUUGACGGCCCCAACUAACGGAGCGCUGAAUCCCCCUGCUGGACCGUACGUCUACCAAAACCAGGUUACGGUCACCUGUAACUUGGGAUACGAUCUGGACGGAGUCUCUCCUGUGACGUGCCAAGCUGACGGAACUUGGAGCAACCCUGUUGGAGCAUGCAGACGCAGAUGUCCCGCCUUGACAGCCCCAACUAACGGAGUACGGACACCCUCUACAGGAUCGAACUCCUUUGGGAAUACAGUAACGUUCACAUGUAACACGGGAUACGUACGGAACGGCGCUGCUGCCGUGACGUGCCAAGCUGACGGAACAUGGAGUAACCCUGUACCAACAUGCACACCCAGACCAUGUCAAGCAUUGACGGCCCCAACUAACGGAGCGCUGAGUCCUGCCGCUCCACACAACUUUCCCACCACGGUUCGGUUCACUUGUGACUCGGGAUACGUACGGAACGGCGCUGAAACUACGGUGUGCCAAACUGACGGAUCAUGGAGCAACCCUACUGCAACAUGCACACGCGGACAAUGUUCGACGUUGACGGCCCCAACUAACGGAGCGCUGAGUCCUCUCGGAGCGACCUCCUUCGGGAAUACAGUAACGUUCACCUGUAACCCGGGAUACGUACGGAACGGCGCUGAAACCUCCACGUGCCAAACUGACGGAACAUGGAGCAACCCAGUUCCAACUUGCACACCCAGACAAUGUCCAAGGUUGACGGCCCCAUCUAAUGGAACGCUGAGUCCACCCGGACCAUACUCCUACACGAACACGGUAACAGUUACUUGUCAAGCGGGAUACCAACUGAACGGAGUCUCUCCUGUGACGUGUCAAGCUGACGGAACUUGGAGCAACCCUAUUGGAACAUGCACAGCGAGACAAUGUCCUUUGUUGACGGCCCCAUCUAACGGAGCGCUGAGUCCUAUUGGAUCACACGUCUACCCGAACCAGGUUACAAUCACUUGUAACUCGGGAUACCAACUGAACGGAGUCUCUCCUCUGACGUGCCAAAUUGACGGAACUUGGAGCGACCCUGUUGGAACAUGCACAGCCAGACAAUGUCCACCGUUGACGGCCCCAACUAACGGAGCGAUGAGUCCUCUCGCACCGCACAACUACCCUGAUACGAUUACGUUCACCUGUAACACCGGAUUCGUACGGAACGGCGCUCAAACUACGACGUGCCAAGCUGACGGAACAUGGAGCAACCCUACUCCAACAUGCACACAAAUUGACUUCUGUAGUCCCAAUCCGUGUAAAAAUGGAGGAACUUGUAUCGAUCGGGACAGUAGCUUCCAAUGCGCAUGUCCGGCUGGCUAUGAAGGAGAUACGUGUCAAACAGAAAGGCCCCUUUUUGGCGUCACAGCCGUGAUAGGUAUCGCAGUCGGCAGUCUUGUCGGCGGACUGCUACUAGUGGGCGCUGUUACACUACUGAUUCUGCGCUGCCGGAAAGCGAGGAACCAAGAACAUCAUACAGCGGAGACAGUUUACGAAGACGUCCGCACACUGCCAGGCAGGGCGGUGUCUCAGCGAUCCGGAACCGGAAGUGACGUCUACUACUCCUAUCCCAUGGCACCCCUGCCCGUGCCUCCACUUCCGGUACAACCUAGCGGUCAUUACCAGGAGCUGAGGCCAGCGGUGUACCAGAGUCUACAAACGCACCAGCGUACAACACCCCAACCCCAGAACUCAACCGGAGAUAGAAGCGCCUUCACUAUCUCUCAUGAUUUUUCAACAUAGUUGCUUACAAAUUUUAUUUUAUUGGACUUUAUUGGAUUCUUUGUCCAAGAUAUACAAAAGGGGGUGUCUUGUCUAUCCACAUUAAGUUCCAAUCUAUAAACCUUCAUAUUUGUAACAUUUAAAGUUAAGUUAAAACACUACAAAAAUUCUUAAAUGUGUCUAAAGGCAUUUUCCAGGAAUGUAACAUAGGUU